AUAUGUCAAUUGCUCGUGUACUUUGAGCUUUUGUAGCUCGACAGACACUAGGAAGAACCAUGAGGUACAAAGGUGGCUACAAAAUAGUUUUGCGAAAAAAUGGACUAAAGUUCUUCCUUGACGGCGCUGACAACGGCUUAAAGCUAGACGACCAAGAACAAAAGUUGGACGACCAAAAGCAAAAUGGGACGAAGUUUCAUUCAUGAGCCGGUUAGAAAACAGAUUUCAAAGAAAAGCGUGUAUUUAAGCUCAUGUUUUACUUUGUUAACUAUCCACAAGACCAAACAGAGCUACAAACGAUGUAUUUAUGUUCAUUCAAUUGGCAUGAUCACCAAGUCACUACUUGGCAAGCUAAUUGGUCGACCACGUGUCACACAACAUCAUCAUUGCGGGAGUCACGUCUGUCAUCCAAUCUCAGCCCACCUGGGAAGCAAAUUAUGAGAAGCUAUCUGGUCUAAGGUCCAUAACUGAAACUCUGAAUGUUUUUGGUGAAAAUGGCUUUUUAUGAAAGAAUUUCCCACUUCGACCUUGAAGUGCCCGUUACUUACCAAAGAAACAUACCUAAAGGCCACAAACAUGCCUCUCACUGACAAACAUUGGUCCCUGAACGUAUGCCAAGAGCUAAUGGGUCUGUUAAUUUUAAGCUUUAAAGCUCUGGAGAUUCUUACACGUUACAAUACACAGGACUAAGAGAAGUAGACUUGACAUGAUCAAGAGAAAUAAAACAAUCUGGCAAGUCUUUCCGUUUUCCCUUACGGGUUAAUCCCCGUCUUAUCAGCCCAAAGCUUCCACUAUGAGCAGAUAGACAUCGUAACGUCUAUUGAGUUCAAAUGAACUGUCCUUGAAUACGUGCCUAAAUCCAUUAAACGACGAUCGUUUGUUUGACAUGGCUGACAGAUUAAAUCCGAUAAAAGGAAAUGAGUGACGUUUGAGACAGAGCGUCACUGGUUUGGUGAAUGCCAUGAGAAAGAGGAAUUCUAAUGCUGCUUAAUUUGAAGAUCACUUGUCCUCUCUUACUGAAGGGCCGUUUGAGCACGUUCGCACGUUUUCCGUGCCAGAUUUCUCCUAAAUCCGGGUUUACGAGACGGAAAAAUGACCUCUGGGUCGUGUGUGAUGUUUUACGUCAGACUGGCCUCUUAAUCCGCUGUCACUAACAACAUUGAACACUCAUGCAGCUACUUUGGCAUUUCCGUUGUAGGAAAUCAAUUUUGUUAUUGUUUGUCUUGUAAAGUAUUGCACUUAUCUAAAUUAUUUUUAAACUCUUACGGAUCAGCACCUCAGCCAUGGACCAAUCAGAGGACUGUCUGUCUAGUGUUAACGCGGAGACCACUCGAUAAGGUCCCGCCCUAAUUUCCUGUAUUUUGCCACACGCAAAAGCUAAACAGGACAGCUCGCGCGAGUUAGUGAUAACUUAUGCGUCUUGUGUACAAAGCAAGAACUAUGGCUCAGCUAAGUUCAAAGCAAAUCAUCACUUUCUCCAUCGACGGUAUCCUAAGCUCUGGCAACGAAGAGGAAAAUCUUCGAAGAAGCUCGGUGGAUUAUCGAGAAGACAUCAUCAAAACGGAAACAUUUCCAUCUGCUGAGAAAUCAACAGUACAUGUCGAAAUCAACGCGGCGAGAACGAACAACAAUAGCCCUGAUUAUAAGUUGGAUAAACAUUGUGAAUCUGGGAUUAAAGAAACAGAAGGUGAUACAGAUUCCUCAGCUGCUACCAAGAUAAAAGCGUCAAACAAGAAAAAGAGACGUGUUUUAUUUUCAAAGGCUCAAGUGUACCAAUUAGAAAGCAGAUUUCGCGUUCAAAAGUACCUUUCGGCUGUUGAAAGAGAUCAGUUGGCUAGAAUGAUCAACCUGACACCCUCACAGGUGAAAAUUUGGUUUCAGAACCAUCGAUACAAGAGUCGUCAGCAGAUUAAGCAUGAUGGACAGUUCGAGGACGACCCCAAGGUUCCAUGCGGGGGACACUACCAUCCGGCAGAGGUUCCGUGCUUACAGCCAUGCCCGUAUUACGAGCCUAGGGACACAAUCAAUUCAUUCUCCUCGGCUUUCAUGCCUUGGUCUUCAGUAUGUCCAGCCUCUUCGCUGGCUCCAAUAAACACUUUCUCGUUCUCACCACCUCCCGGUCAACAUUUCGUACGCUAUCCUUCGUGCCAAUAUGAAAGCCAAAGACAACCGCUGUAUCCUCCAGUUUUUUAUUAAUUUUAUCUUGUUCGCGGGCUCUCCAUGAGAAAUCCACGGUUUUCGAAAUCACCCUGCAUCAUUUUGGAGGAUAGUAUUCAUCCAUUCAAAAUUUUUUCCGAGUAUUUCAGCAUUGGUUGAGUUGAGACUAGGAGACAGUUACUUUGUUGGGUUGCUCUUUCAUGGGAACAUUCUGGCAUCCUUUUAAAUCACACUGUGAUAACUCAAGGCCAUAACUUACUUUUCAUGAACGUUUAUGAAAUGUUGUUGCGUUUUACAAGGAAAAUGCUUAGCUUUGCAUUGACAAGUCUAAAAUGUCAAGGUAACAUACUAUGCGCUACUCUCCUGCAAUGUUCAGUUACCACCUUAAAAUUUAUUGUAAUAUAAUUCUUGCCUUGUUUGUUUGUUUGUUUUUUUGAGAGCUAAAACCUUUUUAUGACACAUGGAGUUUGUACUCUAUUUAUUCUCAGUUCAUUUACAAUUGAUCAUGAACGAAGCUUGUUACGCAAUUUCGCUUAAUUGACAGAAGAAUGUUCAUACAUCUGACUGCUCUGUAAAUAAUCACUGAAAAUAAAU